AUCGUAUCUCGAUUCCACCCAACAUUGAUCAACAGAAUUCAACCUCGAGGCAUGGUGGAUCCCACUCCACACCUCCGGCAGCUUCUCGCUGCGCGAGAUUUCGCCCCAGACGAUCAAAAUGCGCCAGCCCCGGCGCAUCCAGAUCUGACGCCACCAGCCGAUCGUAUUCAUUCCUCGGUCCAGGACUCAGACACUGAGCCUUCAACCACCACGGUCUGCACAUCGAUACCGCCAACAAUGCCAAUGAUACCGUCCUCCCAGGGCCGUAUGCCCCGGAGCAGUGGUCGUCCGCGAUCUGGCCCAGAUAGCGCCACCGUCUUAUCGGAAGAACGACGAAGUCAGAUCCGACGCGCGCAAAAGACAUACCGUUUGAAAAAGGCGGCCAGUUUACAGGAAACGCAACAGCGAGUCGCACUCUUGGAAACGAAACUGCAGAGUAUCUCCGACUCGCUAUCAGACUAUAGAGCCGCGCUGGUGUCUGAGCUGCAGGACAGCCAUCCACUAGUUACCGGCUUCGAUAAUAUCUUUGAUAUUGCUGGUUGCGAUCGCGACCAAACGGGGACGACAUCCCAAGCGCCAACAGACAAUCAACCAUCGCCUACAAUAACCCCCUCGCCCAGCACAAAAAACCACUCACACGCCUUCCGCGAGUGCUCCCUCUCCCGCCAGCUCCAGCGCUACAGCCUUGAAUACGCCUUCCGCCUCUUCACCAACACCCACUCGCCCCCCGUGGAAAUCUACCGCGUCUUCCGCCUCGUCCCGUGCCUCCGCAACCGCUCCAAAAUGUACCCCUACUUCCGACGGCUCGUCUGCGCCGACACCGACAACCCACUCGAAGUACCCACCCUACCGUUCUACUGCAUCGGCGGCGCCGGCACGCACUACCCCGCGCGCGACACCGCCGGUAACCCCAUCUACCCGCCCAAGAUGCGCCUCCCGCGGCGGAUCUUGAGCGUGGGCGUGGGCGUGGACGGUGCACAGAGGCGGCUCGAGGCUUGCGGGCUCGACGGUCGGUGGUUCGAUUGUCGCGAUGUGGAGGGGUUCUUGCGCGAGCGGGGCGUCCAGGUCGAUGGGUCUUUGUUUCCUGUUGUGAGGGAGUCGGAUUCGGCUUCCCCUGGUGGUGGUGAGAGUGCGGACUAUCAACUGCAGAUGUCGCUGGUGGAGUCGUUGGGGGAGAGCGUGGCUCCGUCGAGGCUGGACCUGGAGUCGUUUUUCCAAAGACUCCUCCGCGGAGUGGUCAUUCUUGGUCGCGUGCCUGGAUUCGGGAAU